CCGGCCCUGCCUCUGCCUCCUGCCGCAGCUCCUGCCCUCGCUCCCGGCCGGCCGGCGCUGCGCUGGGGCUGCCGGCGGCAUGGCGGAGUCCCAGGUGCUCCUGCUGGACGAGCUGCACGUCAACGAGAAGGUGACCGAAACCCAGGCCCGCUUCUACUACAGCGAGGAGCAGCGCCGAGCCCUGGAGGCGCUGGUGACCCGCGGCGAGGCCGCGUACCGGGAGGCGCUGAGGAAGGAGCAGCUCCGCGAUUUCCUCUCCGGCCGGGAGCUACAGGACCUGCGGGGCGGCUGGCGGGGCUACGACGACCCCCGGGAGGGCGGCAAGGUGGCGCGGGGACCCGGCGGCGAGACCCUGUCGUUGGCCUACUGGCCCGAGUGCUCGGACACCGAGGUGCCCCCGCUGGACUUGGGCUGGACCGACAAGACCUUCUACCGCGGCAUCAGCCGGGUGUCCCUCUUCACGCACCCGCGCAAGGAGGAGAGCGCGCCGCACCUGAAGGAGGUGGUGCGGGAGAUGAUCCAGCAGGCGCAGAAGAUUAUUGCAGUGGUCAUGGAUGUAUUUACAGACCGGGACAUCUUCCGUGAUAUUGUCGAUGCAGCAUAUAAGCGCUGGAUCCCAGUCUAUAUAAUCCUAGAUGAGGAGGGUGUGAAGCUCUUCCUGGAAAUGUGCAGAUGUCUUGACCUCAGUGACUUGCAGAUCCGGAAUAUCCGCAUACGCUCUGUGACGGGAGUUGGGUUCUACAUGCCAUCGGGGAAGAUCAGAGGCACAUUGGCAUCCCGAUUCCUGAUGGUGGAUGGUGAAAAGGUGGCCACUGGAUCAUACAGCUUCACAUGGACUUCAUCCCACAUUGACAGAAACAUCCUGCUCGUCUUGACAGGACAGCACGUGGAGAUGUUCGACAUUGAAUUUCGUGAGCUCUAUGCCAUCUCAGAGGAAGUUAAUUUAUACAAGGAGCUGGGUAUUGCUAACCCAUUCCUCCUUGGAAUUGGGAAGCCAGGCUUUCAUUCCUCCACCGUGGCUCGGAAGUUCAUUAACCCCAAGUAUGGUUUAGUAGCAGGGGCAACCCGUGGUGAUAUGAUGCUCUGGGCUUCACGGCAUAGGCAAGACAAUCAGGGAAACAUGGAAAAGGAGGAAACAAGUGAGUCAAAGAAACGGUUAAAUCAGUUCCUGAAUGACUUAGUCACUUUGGAGCAAGUGUUCCCAGAAAUAGAUCCACCUCUAGAGAACUUGAACAAGCUGAAUCGGAGCCCCCAGAAACUGUUGUCCCGGCUCCACAUGGACCUGAAAAAUAAAUCCAAAUCCAGAGAGUCUAUUCGCGACAUAAAGAAAGAAGAUGCACAGACCAAUGCAAAGCAAGGAAAACGGUUUGCCAGUGGGCUUUUCAGCCGCAAGGCCAAGCGGUCUCCAGGCUCAAGCAUUGAGGCCAAUUCUUUUGCCAGUGAAGGACAUUCGGGAGAAGACCUUGGGAACAUGAAACUGGAAUAUGAGAGGCUCAGCAUUGGCCAUGCUAGUGUUCGGAGCACUGGAGGCAACUCAGGUAACCUGAAUCCAAACUCCACUAUGAGUGAUAAAAACAAACAAUCUACCUGUGUGUUAUCUUGAUUGGGAAGGAUUGUCUGGAGAACUAAAGAGUGAAUCACAAGCUGGAACAGUAACUUCUUGACUGAUUUUGAACCUACAGCCAUAUCCUCAUGCAAUGAUCUGUAAAGCCACUGCAGGUCCUGGAUGCAUCUGGCACCCCCAGCUAAAGCACAUUUACUGUGUGAAGAGCAGAUUUUGGGUAGUCGGUCCCUUAACAGAGGGUUAGUGAUGAAUGUAUUAGUCCACAUGUCUAUGUGCACACUUAUUUUAUAUAUAAAAACAACUGUGAUGACUGGUCUCAGAGCUCGCUCUGUGCCCAGAGAAAUGCAGGAGAUUUUCUGACUUACUUGUGCUGCUACUUCGGUCUGUCUAGCUACAGACUUGGAAUCACUGUGUUGCAUUGUUUACUCUACUGCACUGCAAAAAUGUAUUGAUCUGCCUGGCUAUAAGGCUGAAUCCAAUUGAAGUGGCAAAUUCUGGUGAAAUAGGGUUGUUUACAGACAGUGUAUCAGUCCUUCGUCCAUAAGGACUCCUCCUGUAGAUUCCUGUUGUCACUCACCCAUGCAGAAAUGAGUGGUCUGGGAGAAGGGUUUAGCUAACAGUGGCCAACAGAUCAGUAUCUGAACUGUUUCAUGUCAUAAACGUAGCAGUCGAACAAAGUGAUUUAGCAAGAAUGUGGUAAAGAGAAAAAUGGAAUAUAGGGCAAUGUUUAACAUGCAGUUGAGACUGAGUCAGGAGAAAUACCUGAUAAGGAGGACUGGGCAGGGUCUGGGAGCAAUAACACAGACUUUAGUGGCUGUUAUGAAAUCCUCUUUGUUGCUAAUUCAGCAAUACUUUUACCAUUCAUGGAAACUGAAUGAUUAAGGAGCACAUCUUUGAGAGUUGAAAGAGGAAGCAGAGGAGGCAUGCAAGCUUUUCGAAUGUACUCUUUUUUUAAAGUUAACCUUUCCAAAGCCUAAAUCAUGCUAAAAUUGAGAGCUUUGAUCCAUAAGAAGCAUUGUGUGCAAUCAGACCAAAGGCCAUCUGAUCUGCUGUUCUGCCUCUGAGAACAGCCUGUAACAGGUGAUCACAGAAGCAUAAAAUACAAAGCUUGUAUAUACAGAGGUCUUUCUCUGACACCAUUCCAGCAGUCUAUGGACUUCCUCAGCUUUCUGGCAGUUCCUUCUGGACCCGGCCUUAAUGAAUGCACUUAGGCCCUUUCUAAAAAUCCUUUCUUACUUUUGGCCUCCAAAGAGUUCUGUGGUAACAAACCCUAAAUUCAUUGCAUGGUACAAAAAAGAACUGUUGUCAGGCUGUUUUAAUGGUUUUCUUGAUGAUUUCCUCAUAGCUACUGUGGGAUCUGACUGGCACUUCUAUCCUCUUGUUCACUAUCCCUUUUCCAGUUCUACUCGCUAACAGAGUGGAUAAACAGAUUGUUUUUGUCUCUGCAGUGGGCAGAUUGACAUUUCACUCUGCUUUCUUGCCAUCUAAAUUACAUACUCUGCUGUCAUAAGUAAGUCCUCUUGUGAUACCUAAAAAAAUUAGAUCCUAGUUAUUAGAAUAUACCUGAAAACUAACAUGGCUACUUGCCAAAAAAAUAUUUAAACAUCAGAAAAACACAGGUUUAAUUUUCUUGCUUUUUGUUUAAAGAAAUGAUCUGGGUUUUUCACUGCACAACAAAUUCACAGCAAAGGCAAUUGAUGCACUCCCAGCACAGAAGCAACUGAUCCAAAGAUUCUUUCAGGUGCUGGCUUGCAGUAGUGGUUGUUACACUCAAACAGCUGUCUGUGGUUGAUGAUAAAAUGUAAUCGAUUCAUACACUAAUUGAUUAAUUGCCUUUCCUUGAACUAUAUUUAACUUGAAUGGCAAGCAGGUUUGUUUUACUCUAUUUACCAUGCAGAAUGUCUUGAGACACUAAAAUACCAAAGGUAUUGUGCCCUCUGUUAAACAUACUCAUCCUCACUUCGAGGGUUAAAUGCUUCCUACUCUAUAUAAUAUUCCAUACAGCCUUCUGGGAACAAGCUGUAGUUUUACAGCUGGGUCUGUCAGCUCAUAUUAUGAGCAGUAUUUCAUAAAAUUGUUCCUGGUAAUGGGGGAAAAAGAGGUGUUGGAAACGACACCACCACUUGGAUGUAGAAGUAACUUGAUAGCUGAGUUAUCAUGUUGGCUUUCUGUGUGUAGCUCAUGUGCCAAAAACUACUCACUGUGUUUGUAGGAUUGUCGAAAGCAGUUUGAUUUUGCCAUACUUUGGUUACUCUCCAGACAUUUGGGAGCCUUUUUUUUUUCUCUCUUUGUAUUUAUUUCACUUUGUUAGUAAAGAUCAGACAUAAAUUUAUUAGGCUGAUGUUGUUCCACUUUUUGUUUUGAUAAGAACAGUGUCAUCUGGUGCUUCCUUGUCCUCCCAGGCUUUUAAAAUAUUUAUUUUUUUAAGUUGUGCAAUAGGUUAAUUAACUAAUUAGCACCACGUUGAUAUAUAUGGUCAGGUUUUCCAGGAAGUCCUUUAUCUCCUUGUUGCUUCAUCUUGGCUGAAGUGAAUUCACGAAUAGUCCAAGAGGCUGAUUUCACUUGCCCUUCCUUUCCUUCUACGCUUACGCAUUAAUGUGCUUUACUUUCUCUUCCCUAUGGUGGAUGUCAGAGCUCUUUACUUUAACCUGUCAACUAACAGGAUAUCCUUUCCAGAGAAAGUCUCUCAUCUGCUUGUCUGCUUUGCUGCCACACCAGUUCCUGAAAGGUAAUGUUCACUUGUUUUCAAAUUCUUUCCGUGGAAGUCAGUCUCAUGCCUUGACUCCAGGAGCUAGUAGAAUUCCUUAGGCUUAUCACGCACUGCUUAAUUACUUAAUUUGAGAGAACAAACUUGCUUUUUUGCAUGAUAUAAAUCUGCUCCUUAAACUCAGCAUGACUCUGAGGAUGCACACAGCCUUGUUGAUCCAGAGUGGAGGUUUCAGGCUCUGGUGGAACUUGUUCUUCCCUGAAGAUAAAAUCAGCUGAACUUGGGCUAUUUACUUGCUCCUAUGGCAACAGAAGUGAGUCUGGGUGAGGUGACCACAUUGAUUUUGACUACUUUUUUGCUAAUUGUGGUUCCUGGUGGGUGCUAGAAACCUGAGGCUGUGACCUGUAAAAUGAGCCUCUCUUGCUCUCCAGAUAAAAUGUGGUUAAUGGUGCUGGGGGUCAGAGGGGCAAAGAGCAGUGCUUAGGAAUUAUGUUGGAAGACUGCUAGCAGUGGUUGAAGGUACAGCAGUCUUCAAAUAAGCUGUCAUUUGGUCCUUGCCCAAGAUGGCCCCUCCUGUAAGCAAGUCACCAACCUCCUGAGGGGGUGGGAAAGAUGGGAGACAGCAGUUCUGUUGCUACUCAAAAGAGCCAGAUAAGCUCUCUUUGGCUUCUGUAUCCUGACCCUGUACAAUCCCAAGAGGACGCCUGUCCUCUGGAUCUCGUUCCCUCCUUGGCUGAUCUAUGUGGUGCUCUGUGGGGCCUGCAGCUAUGGUCAUGCUUUUGGACAGAAAGUAAGCUGGGGCUCACAGCUCUCUCCUUCUGGCCUGAAAUGGUGAGUGGUUCAGAAGGAGCCUCUUGGCUGAAUGUGUGCCUUCUGUGUUUCUUUGGUAUGCAUUUGUAUAUUUAAUGUAUAUGUGUCCAGUUAAUUAUGUGGGAGACCUUUUCUAAGUGAAACAAAUAAACUCUAUACUGUGUUACAUUUA